ACAACGCGGCAGUGAGAAACAAUUAUGCCAAAGUUGGUUUCGUUCGGGUAUAAAAACUACGACUUGGUCAACAAAAAACGAAUUGCCGUAUGCAAAUCACGCAGUUCGAAUAUUACAGACGGAGACGCAACAACUUCCAACUUCGUUCGACAUUUGAAGUUGCACAAAGAAGGCAUCGCCCUCCGAGCCCCGUCAGUCGCCACCAUGCCCUUUCUGGACCUGCAGUCGCGUCUGGGCAUCAACAUCGACCGCUGGGCGCUGCUGCGGACCAGUGAGCAGCCGUACAAGCGGGCGGUCCGCUGCCACGCAUUCGAGAAGGAGUGGAUCGAAUGCGCCCACGGCAUCGGGCAGACCCGCGCCAAGAAGGAGUGCCAGCUGGAGCUUGAGGACUUCUACGAGUGUCUGCACCAGAAGAAGAUCCAUGAGCGUCUGUUCGCCGUCCGCCAGCAGCGUGACAAGAUGGUGAAGGAGGGCACGUACACGCCGCCCCCCUGCCACACGGGCCAGGCAGACCAAGCCUAAAUUGGAAACCUCUUAAAUUGUCCCUUCUUCUUCCUCCAUGUGCUCAUUUACAAAAAUAAAAGUCAUCACCUCCA